AUGGAAAGGCUUUCAGAACGAGUUGGCGCCUCCACCAUUGCUGCUCCUGGUGCUGCUCGUGAUGGCAGUGGCGGUAGCCGCAAUUGCGGGGAGGACAGAUUAAGUGAGGGUUCAACUUCAAGCUCCACCACUGUCGCUCAUGGUGCUUCAGGAGAAGGAGAAUUGUCGAUCCAAGGGGGGGCUACUGGAGGGGAACAAGUCGGUAGAGCCAGUUUGGAAUCAGAUGCUGCUGCUGUUGGAGUGGGGGCUCGAAGGAGUGGCUCUCCUCCUGGUGGUGGGAGUCGGACUGAUGCAGUGCACACGGGCGGUGGGGAUAAGGGGAGGAGUGAUGGCAGAGAACAAGGAGCAGUUGUAGGAGACGAGAUAGAGUCACGCAGCAACGAAAGCAGCAAGAGCAGUGGAGGGAUGGAGGUGGAGAGGAGUGAUAAGAGCCGGAGCUCAACAUUGGUGAAUCUGGCCGCUGCCACUGAGACUGGCAUUCUGGUCGUGCUUCUCACCAACCCUAUCUGGCUCGCCAAGACGCGCCUGCAGCUGCAGGGGGCUAUGGAUCCCAAGGGACCACCACACCAUGCAGCGGCCCCCAACGCCAUCUGGUCAAUAGUGAAGGAGGAGGGCGUUAGAGGGCUGUACAGAGGCAUCGGUCCAAGCCUGGUCUUGGUGUCGCAUGGGGCCAUUCAGAUGGCGGCGUAUGAGGAGCUGAAGCAGCUCAUGCUGGCUCUGCGAUCACCCACAGCAUGGGCACCACGUACACCCUCUCCACCACACGUUGACUCACAUCCCUCCUCCUCCUCUCUUCCUGCUGUAACAGAGCUGUCCCCAUGGGACAUAGCUGCAGUGGGAGCAACUGCCAAGCUGUGUGCUGCCUCUGCCACCUACCCCUACCAGGUGGUUCGAGCUCGACUGCAGAUGCGUCCAGACGAGGCCGGCCAGCUCAAGUACCGCAACACACGGCAUGCCGUCACCAGCAUGUGGAGGCUCGAAGGCGCACGUGGUUUCUACAAGGGCUUUCUGCCCAACCUGCUGCGAGUCAUGCCCUCGGCAUCCAUCACCUUUGCUGUCUAUGAAGGCAAGGUGAAGCAGAUCGUUGGCUCCACACUCCGCGACCUGCCCUCCCAAGGCUCAUCAGCCACCGCCUCCUCUUCUUCCUCCUCUUUUGAGCCUGUGACCAACUUUGAGUCAGAUCGCAGUGCAGCAGAGUAUGCCAGCAUGUACGCCGCUGAUUCGCUGCCAGGAGGCCACGUCAUCAUGCUGGGGGCCGAUCCAGCCAGUCAGGAGGCAGCUCUUGGGGCGCUGAACGCCUUCCCAGGUGGGCUGCACGUGGGUGGAGGCAUCACUCCAGAGAACGCUGAGAUGUACCUGGACGCAGGGGCCAGCCACGUCAUCGUCACCUCGUACGUGUUUCGAGAUGGCAAGGUGGAUGAGGAGCGGCUGCGCAGGAUGGUGAAUGCAGUGGCACCCGAGAGACUGGUGCUGGACCUGAGCUGCAGAAAGAAGGGCGAGCACUACUAUGUGGUGACGGACCGCUGGCAGCGCUUCACAUCGCUGGUGGUGGACGGCGAGACGCUGGCGCGGCUGGCCGACUGCUGCGAUGAAUUCCUCGUGCACGGCGUGGACGUGGAGGGCAUGAAGCUUGGCAUUGACGAAGAGCUGGUGUCUCUGCUUGGGAAAUAUUCACCGAUCCCGGUGACCUAUGCAGGAGGUGUUCGCUCACUUGAGGACCUUGAGAUUGUGAAGGCAGCUGGAAGGGGAGCGGUGGAUGUGACUGUAGGAAGUGCCCUCGACAUCUUUGGAGGGGAACUGCCAUACAGAGAGGUCGUGGAGUGGCAUAGAAGCCAAUCAAUGGUCUAG